AUGGCUAUGCCUAUCUAUACGAUGCUCGAUGGGCACACGAUUCCCCAGCUGGGCUUUGGGAGUGGCACGGCUCAUUAUAAGCAAAAUGCUGUCAAGCCCAUUCUCAUGGCCCUUCAGGCGAACUACACGCAUAUCGACACUGCCCAAAUAUACGGCAACGAAGACACGGUAGGUGAUGCCAUCGCGCAGUCUGGUAUACCGCCCGAGAAGUUAUUCGUGACGACCAAGCUAUGGGAUCUUCCUGAAGGAAAGACGAUCGAGGAUAGUCUCAAGGAAAGCCUCACAAGGUUGAAGAUGGACUAUGUGGACUUGUUUCUCAUGGAGGAUGUGAAGGAUGCUGGCCUUUCGAGGAGUAUUGGCGUUUCUAACUUCGAGGUUCAAUACCUUGAGCGUAUACUCAAGAUUGCGAAACAUAAGCCCGUCGUUAAUCAGCUCGAAUUCCACCCAUACGACUAUGCACAACUUCUUCCCGUCCUCAAGCUUCAGAAGGAGCACGGCAUCCUCACCGAAUCUUACGGUGGCCUCACGCCCUUGACCAAGAAGACGGAUGGCCCAGUCAAUUCAGUGUUGAAGGAGCUCGCAGCGAAGAUCGGGGGGACAGAGACUCAAGUACUGAUGAAAUGGUUGGAGCAGAAGGGGGUUGUUGCGGUGACAACAACUUCAAAAGAGGAGCGCUUGAAGGAGUACGUCGACGUGUAUAGUCUCCCUGAUCUGAGCGAAGCAGAUGUGAAGGCAAUUGAUGAGGCAGGCGCUAAGCUCCACUACUCGUGGCUGGCACUCUAUCUGGAAGGGGAAAAAAAAGAAAGCACAGGAAAAGAAGGAUGGUGUAGUUAG